CUUCCGAAGUCUCGAUAAGAAGCAUCCGAGCCGCGGCGCUGAGUCCGGUCGAUGGGAGUUGCGCGCGCAGCGGCGGCGGCUUCUUCGUCGCGUUUUUUGGCGGCUCUCUCUCCCCGAGCGGGCGGGCGGACUCCUCCGAGGUCAUCGCCGGGACCAAGUCAAGGGCUGUGUACGCUCAUGCGUGGGGCCGGCCGGUCGCCCUGAGGCCAUGGGGGCCAGGCGGCCCCCUUGCCGCCCCCCGCGCCAACCCCCCGGACAAACCCCUCGAAGACAAGCCUAGUGUCCCUGACAGAUGCCCUCAACGCCUGGCUCCCCCGGCGAGCCAUGACCGCUUGGCCCUGGACACGCCUCGGACUGCUGGCCCUCUGGCUAGUCGUCGCCAUACAGACAGUAUUGGCCUCCGAGGACGAGGAACGCCUGGUGCGGGACUUGUUUCGGGACUACAACAAGCUUAUCCGGCCCGUAGAAAUAAUGAACAUGACAGUAGAAGUUGAAUUUGGGUUAUCAUUUGUGCAGCUGAUCAACGUGAACGAAAAAAAUCAGAUCAUGACGUCCAAUGUAUGGUUGCAGCUGGUAUGGACGGAUUAUCAGCUCAAGUGGGAUGAAGCAGAUUAUGGUGGAAUUUCUGUAUUACGGUUACCGCCUGACAAGGUUUGGAAGCCUGAUAUAGUACUUUUCAACAAUGCUGAUGGCAACUACGAGGUGCGUUACAAGUCAAAUGUGCUCAUCUACCCGAGUGGUCAAGUGAUGUGGGUGCCUCCGGCCAUCUACCAAAGCUCCUGUACCAUCGAUGUGACGUACUUUCCCUUCGAUCAGCAGAAAUGCGUCAUGAAAUUCGGCUCGUGGACGUUUAACGGUGACCAAGUGUCCUUAAAGCUCUAUAAUGAGAAUCCCUGGGUGGAUUUGUCCGACUACUGGAAAAGCGGUACCUGGGACAUCGUAGAGGUGCCGGCUUUCCUCAACGUACAUAACAACAGUAAACAGAACCGACCGACGGAGACAGACAUCUCCUUCUACAUCACGAUCCGACGUAAGACCCUCUUCUACACGGUGAAUCUCAUCCUGCCGACGGUGCUCAUCUCCUUCCUCUGCAUCCUCGUCUUUUACCUCCCAGCUGAGGCUGGCGAGAAAGUAACACUGGGCAUCUCCAUCUUGCUCUCACUCGUCGUCUUCCUUUUACUCGUCUCCAAGAUCCUUCCUCCAACGUCGCUUGUGCUGCCCCUCAUCGCCAAGUACCUGCUCUUCACCUUCCUAAUGAACACCAUGUCCAUUCUGGUGACUGUCAUCAUCAUUAACUGGAACUUCCGGGGCCCGCGCACGCACCGAAUGCCCAACUGGAUCAGGGUGCUCUUCCUCAAGUACCUGCCGGCGGCCUUGCUCAUGAAACGUCCCAAGAAGACACGCUUGCGAUGGAUGAUGGAGAUGCCGGGACUCGGACUUCACCACUACCACCCGCAUCACCAUUCACCACCACCGCCACCGCCACCCGCGGCGGAUCAUAAGCCCAAGGCAAGUCCCAAGACACCGGCAGAGUUCCUGGAACUGGCAGAUGUUCAUCAUCCUAACUGUACGAGGAAACAACAGCAUCGGAGAGACUCGGACAGCACGGAUGUCCUCUACCUUAGCCCUGAAGCGUAUAGGGCCACGGAAGCGAUAGAGUUCAUUGCCGAGCAUCUGCGCUGCGAGGAUGAGUACAUUCAGAUCCGAGAAGACUGGAAGUACGUUGCCAUGGUAAUAGACCGACUGCAGCUUUAUAUCUUCUUCGCCGUGACGACGGCGGGCACCAUUGGUAUCCUUCUGGAUGCACCCCACAUAUUCCAGUACGUGGACCAGGACAAGGUCAUUGCCUUCCACCGAGGGAAAAACAUGUGAAUCCUCUCCGCAUGGUGCUUCUUCCUUGUCCGAACGGCGGUCGAUGGUUCAGCCAACGAGAACGGACGACACGAAGCCUCUUCCUGUCGUCUGUUUCACUUUCUGGGCUUCGGCUUUUCUGGCCGCUUCACACAGUGCGUGAAGGCCCUAUGCAAGGCAACGGCCUCUUGUCAACACUCUAGGAGCCAGCGCUCGUCACCUUUUCUUUUAUACGCUAGCUUCAUAAUCACACGGGUAGAGAGACCACAUUGAUCUCUUUUCAUCAAGUUCGUUGCUGGGGUAACGAAAUCAAGACGUCGUGUCGUACGCUGGCUCCUCGUGACGUCAUCGUAUGCGUGGCAGAAAUCCCUUUCCCUCUUCCGUGCACCGCUACAGGGAACCCCGUUUCCGUUAUUUAUCUCCAAAAAGAAAGGCAGCAAUAAUUGCAAUAGCAUUGGGAGCCUCAAUUAAGGCCUUCUUAAAAAGGAAUUUUUUGUUUUAUUUCGCAAAGGACAAUAUCGUGAUUGGAAAUAUCUCCAUAAAGACAGCUGCGUUAAUCAAGUCCGUUGUCAAAGUAAACUCCCGGGGUGAAGCCCACGUUCAACUGUGGACGGUGCAUGGUUUUCCUUCUUGGCCACGACACGAGCAUCUAUACUAAAGCCGGAGUAUUCUUUGUGUGUUUCAGUGUCUUCUAGUGCUCAACAAAAGACAGAAAGAAACGGACUCCCAACUUGGAGACGAACUUUGGUGACACAAAAAGUUUUUCUUUUGUUUUUUUGCUCUGCAAAGGAACGUCUUCACAAACUAUGGUAGCGUUAAUACAACUAAUAUCAAAGGGUACAAUAAAGGAAAAAGUAUACUAUGUACUAAAUAUAUAAACAUAUACACGAAUACAUGUUUUUCGAAAGAUAGCAGUGUGACAUCCUGUUUUUUUGUUGGGGAGUUUCCAUGAGACAAAAAGAAAAUGCUCCUGGUCGAUGCUCAUGCGAUGUCCCGUAAUUCCCAGUGAGAAUUUUCUUAACUGCAUAUCGGGUCAUCAUUAGAGAGCUGGUCUCGCCAAGAAAUAAGUAGUGAGCGAAAUCCAAUAAAUGGAAUGUACUGAUCGCAUAAGAGUCGACAAAGGUAUUAUCUGGAUGUUAUAUUAAACGUGGUAGUUUGUUAAAAGAAAGGUAUGCUCAACGUAGUGAAUUUCUACCGCUGCAGGUUCUUUUGAAAAUCUUGUUACACAGCACGUACGGGGUCGGUUACAACUCCUUUUUAAGACGUGACAAUAAAAGGCGUUUGACGCCAAUCUUCA